UCCUGUAAAUUCAGUGAAGGCUGCCAGGCGAGGCGCAGUUCAGCAGGAGCCUGCUGACGGUGACGGUGACGGGACUGGACAGCAGAGACACGGGGACUGGACCAGCAGAGACACUGUGAGACACUGUGAGUGGAACAGCAGACACACUGUGAGACACUGUGAGUGGACCAGCUGUCUCUCUACUCCUCAGCGGGACAGAGCGGGUGAAACUAAAGCAGAACGUCAUCAGUUGGACCUCACCUGACCUCACCUGACGUCACCUGACGUGUCCUGAUGGCGGAAAUGGACGAGGGUCAUUUUUCUCUGUUGAGUCUGGAGGAUGAGCUGACUUGCAGCAUUUGUCUGAGUCCCUUUAGCUGUCCGGUGACCAUCCCCUGCGGACACAACUUCUGCCAGGACUGCCUCCUCGCCACCUGGAAGGACUCCUACAGCUGUCCUCAGUGUCGGACCCACUUCGCCACCAAACCAGAGCUGAAGAAAAACACGGUCCUCAGCACCGUCGUGGAGACCUUCAACCUGAGGACGAACCAAAGCGAGCCCGGCCCGAUGGUAGAGGAGAGCAGAGCGGAGAAAGAGGACGUCAUACAUUGUGAUACGUGUAUGGAAGCAGAAGCGUCCCAGACCUGCCUCACCUGCAUGGCCUCUUUCUGUGAGGAGCACCUGCGGCCUCACCGGGACAACCCCACAUUUCGUCUCCAUCAGCUGAGUGAGCCUGUCGGCGACCUGUCGGAGCGGAUCUGCCCGGACCACCACAAGCUGAUGGAGCUCUUCUGCAGCCAACAUGGCCGCCCAAUCUGCAGCCUCUGCCUCCAGCUAGUCCACAAAGGAUGCUCCUUCAUCACCCCCGAGGAGCAGAGGAACCUGAAAGAGUCCGACCUGAGAGGCAAGUUGGGUUUGCUGGAUGGGAAGAUUAAGAAGAAUGAGACUGUUAUAUCUCAAAUGAAUUCCAUGCAGAACAAUCUUAAGGACUCAGCGACCAACAGGAAGAAGGCUUUGGCAGCUGAGUACCAGCAGAUGCGGGAUAUGUUGGCCCGAGAGGAGCGUGAUGCUCUGAAUGCAGUGGACCGCGAGCUGGAGGGUGGUCAGACUAAACUCAAGGGUCUCGAGAAGAAGUUCACUGAGAAUGUUGAUAGUAUGAGCAAAGCUAAAGAAGACAUCCACAGUCUGCUGAGUCAGUCCCAAACUCUGGCCUUCCUACAGGCUUCAUUCAACAUGCCCCCAGCCGUGACCUUUGACCCUCACACGCCUCGAAUCACUGACUCCAAGAAGGUGACAGCAACACAGGCCUUUUCUGCUGCCCUGAGGAGCACCUGACAGAGAUCCUUAAACAGCCUGUUGAAGCAGACUACGAUACUUAAACCAGAUGAAAAAGCAGUUCCUGGCUCAGCACCUGCAGGUUCUGGAAGUACUGGAUUCCAGCCAGAAUCUGAAGUCUCCAAGCCCCAAAAGCAGAAAAGACAGCCCAGGUCCCACAGUCCAGGUCGUCCACCCAUCCAACCAUUAUUCCACCCUGUUUAUGUAGAGCCACAUGCAGGAUACCAUGGACCCCAGUAUCCACCACCAGGCCUUUAUAGGGGCCUCGAUUUAUGCAGGACAAAGACAAAUAAUUACACUGGCAUUCUUGGAGCUUAUGGGGGAGUUAUACCUGUCUGCUGGGAAUCUGGUCCAGGUCCUCAACCCAAAGCAGGCCCAAAGAAGAAACCUCAAAAACAAAAACCACCCCAAACCACAGAAGACAAUAUGGGAAAUAAGAAUCAAGCCCGUUCAACGGAAAACCUGUUGGAGUUUGGUGCACCUGCAGCUGAAUCCCAAGAGACACCAGAAAUGUUGGACAUUCCCCCAAACAUAACAUCUGCUGAAAAAAGAACCGAACUUCUGAAAUACGGUACGGUACUCACUUUGGAUCCAAAGACAGUCCACAAACGCAUUGAACUGAGUGAGGGCUUCACUAAGGCCUCUGUGUCAGAUGAACACACAAACUACCCCGAUUGCCCUGAACGCUUCGCCGUCUGCUCCCAGGUGCUCGCCUCCAAGGGUUUCUCUAGGGGACGCCACUACUGGGAAGUCCGACUGAGCAGCAACAACUUCAUUGGCCUGGGCUUGGCUUACAGCAGCAUUGACCGCAAAGGUCCCACCAGUCGACUGGGCCGCAACGCCCAGUCCUGGUGUGUGGAGUGGUUUAACGUCAAGCUGUCAGCUUGGUAUAACAGCAGUGAGACCGUGCUGGCCAACCCCAAUCCGAAGCGCAUCGGUGUGCUGUUGGAUUGUGAGGAGGGCACUGCUACGUUCUAUAACGUGGCAGACAGGGCAUAUCCCUUCCACUCCUUUGUGUUCCCCUUUGCCGAAGCCGUGUAUCCAGCUUUCUGGAUUUUCUCAAGUGGCUCGUCCGUUUCUUUGUGCAAGCUGCAGGCAUGAGGAGCAUAUGCACACAGAUGGCAUAUUGCAUGCCCACGCAUGCACACAGUUAGCCCUGUGUUCUAAUCACGCUCAUUAAUAAUGGAAAAUAAUACGUAGUUGAACUUUUAAAGCUAGGCUUUAUUUAUCAAGAGGCUGGCCAGUUCUACUCCCCAGCUAACGCUUUUGUUUAUUAUCGUCUUUGUUAAAAGUGGAAAAUCAAUGUUGCCUGUACAGUUGCAGCUGAAUGGCGUUGUGUGCUGUUGGAAUGGAUCAGGUGAAACAAUGAUUAUCCCAACUAGAGCUCAGCACUGAUCGCCCACUUCUUGAAAGGCUCCGGAAGUGAAUUUCCCAUUCAUUUACUCCAUCAACGUUUCAGAAAAUCCUUUAUUUGAAGAGUUUUAAGCAUGGAACCAAGCCAACCAGCGAGGAGAUUAAAUCCAGACCAUAAAAUAUUUGAUUCGGAGCAACAAAAACAUUGGAAAAUGGAAAAAAGCAAAGGUACAAGACUGUGGACAUAAUUAUUUUAAGAGUGAAGGAAGUACUCAUCCCAUAAACGAUUGCGAAUGGCAACUCGCCGCCUUCUGGAAAAACUUUUAAACUAACUGCUGUCAAUCUAAAAUGAAGACAGAUUCAGUAACUUCAUGCCUUAUUUUCUCGCCUCAAAUGUUUUCAGAAACACAUUUCGGUGAACUAUUUUGGAGCGCGUACGAGCACGUAUCCUCACUAGCCGUUCGCGUACCCUCACUAGCCGUUCGCAGGUGCGAUACACAUUUCCAUGGUAACAGCUUGUUCUUCUGUAGGCUAUGUCUGUCUGUCUCCAUCUCCCCCGUUUCAGUGCCGUUGCCGCACUACUGUACACACACGCACCUGUAAACACAACAAACAGCGAUAGCCA